CUUGUAUUCGUGCAGAUGAUGACCGACCACAUGCUGGUCGCAAGUUACGACCCUGAGCAUGGUGGUCUAACCCUGAGAUCAAGCCAUACGGACCUCUCUGCCUCGACCCCGCGAGUUCUUGUUCCAAUACAGCACGAACGUUUUCGAGGGGAUGAAGGCAUACGUCGGACCGGACGGCGAAGUGAGGUUGUUCAGGCCAGAUCUCAACAUGGCUCGCAUGCGUCGAUCCGCAGAUCGCGUCGCCCUUCCCGUACCCUUUGAUACGGACGCCCUGCUCACCCUGAUACAGCGUUUGGUGGAGUUGGAAUCGCGCUGGAUACCGAACAUUCAAGGCUACAGUCUGUACCUCCGACCCACCAUCAUUGGUACUCGACCCAAUCUUGGUGUCACCGCGUCCGACCACGCUCUUCUCUACGUUAUCUGCUCUCCCGCAGGCCCCUACUUCCGGGCCGGCUCUGCGCGCCAAAUCUCUCUGCUCGCGAACGGCGAUGUCGUCCGCUCGUGGCCAGGCGGAACGGGUGGCUACAAGCUUGCGCUGAACUACGCGCCCACGCUCAAGCCCCAGCAGCUUGCGGAGCUGCAGGGCUACAACCAGGUGCUCUGGCUUCUUGACGGCAAGAUUACCGAGGCGGGCGCGAUGAACUUCUUUGCCGUGAUCCAGCAGGACGAGAACAACUGGGACAUCAUCACACCUCCCCUGGACGGGACGAUCCUCCCUGGCGUCACGCGCGACUCGUGCAUCGCUCUCUCUGCUGCACACCCCUCACGCACUAUCCUCCCUCACCUCCCCGAGACCCUGCGUCUGCACGCGCACGAGCGCACGCUCGCCAUGUCUGAUCUCAAGCAGUGGUACGAGGAGGGCAGGCUGUUGGAGGCGUUCACGGUCGGCACCGCCGUCGUCGUCACGGGCGUCGGGCGGAUAGGCUAUGAGGGCAAGGACAUCGUCCUCCCCGAGCACGCAAGCGGCCGCGGGCCUGUCGCGAGGGCGCUGUAUGAGCGGAUCGUGACUAUCCAGGAGGGCAAGUUCGAGUGGGAGGACUGGUCUGUCGUGUGCAAGUCUGCAUGAGCGGACGGAUGCCCGGAUAUGAAAAAAGGUCGCUUCUUGCAUAAGCGAAUGGAAUCGUUUGAGUCUCUUGUAUUUAGCGUAGUUUAGACUGCUUCAAAACUGGUUUAGCUUCAGCUCGAUCAAAUGUAUAGCUAUCAACUGGCUAUCAUUC